AUGGCUGACAAGUCUGAUAAACCAACCGCCUCCUUUCCUCUGGCAGGCCUCGCCGACGAUGGCUGGUUCAAAGAUGAUGAAGCGACCGUGACUUGCUUCUGCGGUGCCGUGCAGAUUGCCUUUCCAACGUCGGGGCCCGGCUUUGUCAACACUUUUGUGUGCCACUGCACAGACUGUCGUAAAGUCACAGCCUCCAUGUUUGCGUCCAACUUCACCGUCAAGAAUGACGCUAUAAACUUCAUCCGUGGCCGCGAAACCCUCAAGAGCUUCGGACAGGCCAAGACAGUUGGCACCCACAACACCAUGACCAACUAUUUCUGCUCCACAUGUGGAACUCUUAUGUGGCGCGAGAGCUCUGGUUUCCCCAAUGUCAAGUUUAUGCGCAUCGGGACUGUCGAUGAUUUCCAUUUACAUGAGACCAAACUGCGGCCUCAGGUUGAGCAGUUUGUCGAGUCUCGUGUGGGAUGGCUGGAGCCAAUCGAGGGUGUGAAACAGGUGCAUGGCCAGUCAACGGGGAAGAGAAAUAAAAUAAGAGUAUCUCUUUAA